CACUGGACGUCCCUGUUUGACAACCAUGAUAAGUAAGCAAGGGAAGUAGUGCACAGCACAGAACAGAUAAGCGGCUGACAGUCUCCGGUAGAGGGCCAAAGAAGAAGAAAUGGAAGCCACACUCGCAUCCACAUCCACAACUCUCCCAACUUUCCCGACCACAUUCUCCCCUCAACUCCACUCCCUCCGAUUUUCCCCUGCUUUCCGGGAAAAACAACUCGCCGGCGCCGGAAACAAGAACCCCACCUCGCUACUAAAACACGAUUCCCCCCGCCGGCCUUCUCGUCGCUUUCCUCUGAGAGUCUCCGCAAGUUCCCAAGCAUCCCCAGAGGCCGCCGCCAAAGUCUCCGCCGUUCCUUCCACGAUGAAGGCCUGGAUUUACGGAGACUAUGGGACCGUCGACGUCUUGAAGUUCGACGAGAGCGUCUCCGUGCCGGAAAUUAAGGAGGACCAGGUUCUGGUCAAGGUCGUCGCCGCCGCUCUCAACCCCGUGGAUUUCAAGCGGAGGCAGGGGAAGUUCCAGGCCACCGAUUCUGCUCUUCCGACUGUUCCAGGGUAUGAUGUUGCCGGAGUGGUGGUGAAAGUUGGGAGCCAAGUGAAGGUGCUCAAAGAAGGAGAUGAGGUUUACGGCGACAUUCACGAGAAGGCCCUGGAUGGGCCUAAACAGUUUGGUUCUCUGGCGGAAUACACGGCAGUGGAAGAGAAAUUGCUGGCUCUAAAGCCCAAGAGUCUUGAUUUCGCUCAGGCUGCUGCACUCCCUCUCGCAAUCGAGACGGCUUAUGAAGGUCUGGAGAGAACUGGGUUCUCUUCUGGGAAAUCGAUUCUGGUCCUCAAUGGCGCUGGUGGUGUUGGAAGCCUUGUGAUUCAGCUGGCUAAGCAAGUUUUUGGAGCAUCGAGAGUUGCGGCCACUGCCAGCACUGGGAAGCUGGAGUUCCUCAAGAGCUUGGGAGUUGAUUUGGCUAUUGACUACACCAAGGAGAACUUCGAAGACUUGCCUGAAAAGUUCGAUGUGGUCUAUGAUGCCAUUGGGCAAUGUGAUAAGGCGGUGAAAGCUAUAAAAGAAGGGGGAAGCGUGGUGGCUUUGACCGGAGCGGUGACGCCUCCAGGUUUCAGAUUUGUGGUCACUUCCAAUGGAGAGGUUCUGAAGAAACUCAACCCUUAUCUGGACAGUGGUAAGGUGAAGGCAGUGAUUGAUCCCAAAGGACCAUUCCCGUUUUCUCAGGUUGUCGAGGCUUUCUCCUACAUUGAAACUGGAAAAGCUACUGGGAAAGUAGUGGUCUAUCCAAUUCCAUGAGAAAGUAAGUUAACCAAGCAACGAGGGACUGUACUGGAUGUUCACUUGUUUUAUUUAUGGUAAACUGUGCUUCGAAGAGUAAGAGUAAAUCAGCUGUAUAAAAUUAAAAACAGAAUGUACGAGGCUUCUGAUGUAAAAAGAGAUUGA